GAGUGGCAAAUGGUGUCGAGUGUCAGUGCGGCCACGUCACUCCAUGCCACUCCACUCCAGCCCCACUCCGGGUAACCUAAUUGAGACUUUGAACAAGGAGCCUGGGCAAAGUGUGUCGAGCUUCAAUCACACUCCCUUGCUUUGUGUAGACCUGUCACUCAACCCCAGGCCACAAGAUGAAGAAGUCCUCGGAUUUCCUCUCCCUGCUGAACAAUCGCGACCUGAUCAAGACUCCCUCGGGCAGUGCCAUCGUCAACUUUCUGGUGAAGCCGAUGAGCGUAGAGAUGACCACGGCGGACAAGCUCAUCACGGGCGCCAGGCGGCAACGGAUGAUGGAACUGUUCGAAGAGGAUCGGGCGUGGGAGGCGGCCGAGCUGUCCCGCUUCGGGCUGAGUUGCAUCAAGGCCCCGGACUGCUAUCCCUGCUGCACGCCCUACGAAUGCAGCAAGGUUAAGAUGUAGUUGUUGGAGUGGUCACUGAUAUAUAGUCCUUUAAUGUAAAUCCUUAUUUUGUUUUGAAUGAAAAUUAGCUGAAAGAAUUGUUGGAGUAAAUGCUUGAAAUUUA